CGGAAGUGGUAUCUGCCCAGGCGGAAGCAGGAAGUGGGAGAGCAGAGCUGAACUCGCGGGGGUGGUGGUUGCUACUGUGAGGGGCUCGUCGGGCUGGGGCGAUGGCGGAGAAGUUUGACCACCUGGAGGAGCACUUGGAGAAGUUCGUGGAGAACAUUCGGCAGCUUGGCAUCAUCGUCAGUGACUUCCAGCCUAGCAGCCAGGCCGGGCUCAACCAGAAGCUGAAUUUUAUUGUUACUGGCUUGCAGGAUAUUGAUAAGUGCAGACAGCAACUUCAUGAUAUCACUGUGCCUUUAGAAGUGUUUGAAUAUAUAGAUCAAGGUCGAAACCCCCAGCUCUACACCAAAGAGUGCCUGGAGAGGGCCCUGGCUAAAAAUGAGCAAGUGAAAGGCAAGAUCGACACGAUGAAGAAAUUUAAAAGCUUGUUGAUUCAAGAACUUUCUAAAGUAUUUCCGGAAGACAUGGCUAAGUAUCGAAGCAUCAGGGGGGAGGACCACCCGCCUUCCUAAGUGCUCAUCCCUCUGUGAAGAUCCCACCGAGCCCUCUUUGAGUCGCUGUGACCGUGAGUGCCGACGCCCGCUGCCUUCCUGCUGACUCGGGACUGGGCCUGGACCCGUCCCUCAGCCCCUCCGUCCUGUCGUUUGACCUGGGGAUGGCAGGGCUGGAGAAGGAGCAGGAGCUGUGCCCCACCGACCCGGCUGUGCGCCUGUCAUUGUCCAGCCUUCAGACUGGUGACUGCGGACACUGGGACGAUCCGUUCUGUUCUCUGAGGAGCCAGGGCAGGAAAACAGUCUUGGAAAUAACUAAAUUGAUUGGCAAAUUAAAAAUUUUAAA